AUGCUUCUGACGGUGAUUCUAGUCGUUUCUAUCGCUUCUGGAGCCACGGCGUCUGGCGAAACCUGCGCGGCUGAGAGUGGACGUCAGUUUUUUACUUUUUUUGGUUAGGAAAAGUUGGAAAUUUCAACUUAUUGAUGAUAUUUUGUGCUAGAGAAAACGAUAUUUUCAAGAAAAGGUCUUUAUGAAGGUCCUUGGGACACUGCGGUCCUCAUAGAAGAGAAAAUUUCCUAGAAAAAUCAAAAUAAUGACGUUUUUUCGAGUAAGACACUUUGCAAUCUACUUUAAAAACUUGAAGUUUCAAAAAAAGGUCUCAAUGAGUUCCUAAUAUUUUUUUUAAAUCUUGAGAUCUACAGAGAGGACCAUGAAAUCAAAAACAGUCAUAAUAAAACUUUAUUUUUAAUCAAAAACUCUUGGCCGGUCUUUCCUUUGAAAAAGAAUAUAAAAAGAUUUUCCUCAUAGAAAACCACAAUUUCUAGAAAAGGCCCUAAUCAAGACCUUAUAUCAAUUAAAAAUAAAUAACUCCUGAACCCAUUUUUUUCAAAAAUAACAUAAAAAAAAAUCAAAAGUUGAUAAGCACAGAGCUAACUUGCUAGUGAAAAAAAGCUUGGAUUUGGAUCGAUUUCCAAAUUUUCUUUUCGAAACGUUUUUUUAGGCUCAAAAAUUACAAAAAAACAUUUUUUUGUCAUAUUUUUUUGAAAAAAAGUUAUGUUUUGAUUUUUUUGAAGUUUAAACGUAGUCAAUAGCCAAUAGAAAAAGUCUCGAAAGUGCUAAAUUUCUCGUUAAAAGUUGAAAAAUGCAAAAAUGGAGAAAAUCUCGUUUAUGAAGUGAGAAAAUGAACUCAAAAACGACUCAUAUCAGUCAUUUUUACUAUAAAUUUGUCUUUUUACGCCUGAAUCUUCCUUCUAAACCUUUCUUGAUCAGAUAUAUCCGAACCUAAAGAACUGGUAGCGAGUUUCAGGCUUCUAAAUUUACGUGAAACAAAAAAACAGAGAUUUCCGGUUCAGCCUGCCUUUCCCUGGCUGUCGACUCCACCAACACGGUGUACAUUUGCCCGGACGGACAGGCCUGCCUGAACAACGCGACUUGCUGCAACUUCGCCAACAUCCAGGUCGCCGGCGCCGCCACCACGACGUUGGCGCCAACGACGCCGGGUGGCGCCGCCUGCGUCGAUCUCCUCAACCCGUCGACGGGUGUCUCCGACUGUCCCCACAUGGCUGCCUAUUGCAACAACGCCGUUUAUUUUGACCUCAUGACUCAGGUUGGAGAGCUCAAAUCUUCCAGAGAGCUACAGUAUCUUUCGCGACGAUGUUUUAUCACGCGGUACAAUGAUCCUUUAAUAGCGCUAGUUAUUUUUGUUUUACCAGUUUCAAAAAAAUCAAAAAAUCCGUGGCUACAGUAUCUUUCGCGCCGAUGUUUUACGGGACGAUGAUUCUCAAGAAAAAAAAAUUGGGUUGUGAGAAAGUUAGGAAAAAAUAGCCGCGACAAGUUCGCUCCAUUGCUAAUUGUCAUGUACUUAGUUGUCUGACAUGGGGCGCUUAAAGAUUGCAGCAACUCUUUCUCUGCCACACACUAUUUCGUCGUUGUCUAGCGGCGAGAAAACAACGAAAUAGUUUUGGUCAGAGAAAGAGUAGUGGCCAUCUUUAUGCGCCCCAUGUCAGAGUGUUUUAAAAGCAAAAAGUUACUGUUUUUUCCAAGGAUUUUUCGAAUCAAUCAAAUCAUUUAUUUUGUUGUUCUAGUCAUAGAUAUAAUCGACUAGACGGUGAACAAGGACUUUAAAAGCUAUAACGAACAACCGCCUUUGGCGAACUAGAAGUCCAACUGUGUAGUCGAAUGAGUUGAAAGCAUGGUCUUACGGUCCUUCGCAUCGUCCUUCUGCGCGUAGUCCAUUCAGUUGCGCCUUGACGAGCUCAGACCACAGUGGAUGUUGUGCUGGAGUCCGGAGACCGUGCUCCAUGUGGAAGCCUCGGAAUGGGAACGACCACUUCGAGUCACGAUUUUACUCUGGCUGAAUUUGGUUUUGUUCCAAUAGAUGCAGUAACACUUUCCGACCCAAUUUUUCCCUUUUUAUAAUAAUUGAGAAACAUAUAAGUACCUUUACCAAUUUCGGAAUUCCAGCAAUGUCCCAAGACGUGCAACCGCUGUGCCGGUGGCAACGGCGGCGGCAGUCCCGUUAAUCCGCCUCGUUAGUUUUUCUUUUUUUGACUAGAUAUAACCUUAAGAAGCUUUAUCAGCUUCAAAUUUUCAUUUACUUUCGGCCAAGAAAUUGAAACAGAAUUUUAAAAAUUCAAAACUCCAGUUUUAAUGGUCCGAUUCGGGUAAAAUCAAACUUUUCCGAGCUGUUCAGAGCGUCUUUUCCAUACCAGUGUACGAUUUGACCUCAAAAAGCCUUAUCAGCCUUAGAAAAACGCAAUUUUUUAUCAAUUUUAUGCCGAAAAAUUGAAAAAUCAAAAAAUCCCCAGUUUUUAACUCCUUUACUACAAAAUGGAUCCAAAUUCUUAAAUUGUAGCCUAAAAAACUGGCAAAUUCACAAAAGUCUUGCCAAAACCCAUGCGAAACUAAUUCUGAAGAUUAAUAACUGAAAAAAAAUGCUUAGGAAUAAAAUGUUUGACUUUGCUUAAUUUUCUCAAAUUUCAAACAAUUUUGGGUUGUCCCUUUUCUACAAAAUGGAUUAAAAUAUUUCAAUUUUGGCAAAAAAAAAAUUCACAAUUGUCGAUCUGAAAAUUUCGGAAUCUUUUAUUCAAGGUUAGCUCCCGAAUAAGAUCAAUCAGUAACAGUGAAGUGAUUUUAGGAUCAAAUUACUGAUUUCUGUUUUUUCUCAUUUCUAAAGAAAUAUUCCGAAAACAGAAGUCAACUGCGUCGACAAACUGAACCCGUCAACUGGAGUGUCGGACUGCCCCAAGUCGGCCUACCUUUGCCAAAACGCCGUCUACUUGACGCUCAUGAAGGACCAGUGCCCCAAAACUUGUGGAUAUUGCUAG